AUGGGUCCCGGGGCCGUGGGGCUCUGCCUGGCCGUCGGCCUGCUGCUCCGCGCCGGGUCGGCCAGCCCCAUCGCCAGCCUGGAGAGCUCCCCGCCGGACGAAGACUCGCCGCUCUUCGACGACGUCUUCUCGGAGCAGGACGGGCUGGAUUUCGACUCCCUGCUCCUGGGCGUGAAGAAGGAGCUCCUCAAGGCCCUGAAUCUGACGGACCUCCCUCACCCCCGGGCGGCCAAGGUGGAGCCGCCCGAGUACAUGCUAGAGCUCUACCGCAAGUUCGCCGCCGACAGGACGUCCAGACCCUCGGCGAACAUCGUGCGGAGCUUCAAGGACGAAGCCCCGCGGCCCGCGGGAAGCCCCGACGGCCCCCGCCGCUACCCGCUGCUCUUCAACCUGUCCAUCCCCCGGCACGAGGAGGUGACCCUGGCCGAGCUCAGGCUUUACGGCCUGGUGGAGCGCGACCGCCGGCCCCCCUCGGCCCCCGCCCGCAAGGUGACCGUCUUCGAGGUGCAGGAGGCCGAGGCCGGGGACCGCAAGCCGGCGGCCCUGGCGGUGGCGGCGGAGCCUUCCGGGACCGGCGGCGGCUGGGAGACCUUCGACGUGACGGAGGCCGUCCGACGGUGGGGCCGCUCCGGGCCCGGGGCCCGCCGCCUGGAGGUCCGCGUGGACGGGGGCCCCCCGGGCCGCGCCGGCGGGGCCCCGGGCCCGGCCGCCGGCCACCGGCCCUUGCUGGUGGUCUUCUCCGACGACCGGGGCGGCGAGCGCAAGGAGGAGCGGGAGGAGCUGGAGGACAUGAUGGAGCACGAGCGGCUGCUGGACCUGGACGGGGUGGGGCGGGGGGCCUUCCCUCAGGGCCCCGGGGAGGAGGCCCUCCUCCAGAUGCGCUCCAACAUCAUCUACGACUCCACCGCCCGGAUCCGCCGCAAUGCCAAGGGCAACUACUGCAAGAGGGUGCCCCUCUACGUGGACUUCAAGGAGAUCGGCUGGGACUCUUGGAUCAUCGCUCCCCCGGGCUACGACGCCUUCGAGUGUCGGGGCCACUGCUCCUACCCGCUGGCCGAACACGUCACGCCCACCAAGCACGCCAUCAUCCAGUCCCUGGUGCACCUCAAGAACCCCCAGAAGGCCUCCAAGGCCUGCUGCGUCCCCACCAAGCUGGACCCCAUCUCCAUCCUCUACCUGGACAAAGGGGUGGUCACGUACAAGUUCAAGUACGAGGGCAUGGCCGUGGCCGAGUGCGGGUGCCGAUAGGAGGGGCCUUCCGGG